AGCAAGUCCUACUAUUAAGUCUGCCAGGAGUGUGAGUGUGGGGUCUGUGGGGGUCACACCAAUUUCCAAUCCUGCUGCACCCAUGAUGGGAAAACAGGAAAAGGAGCCUAGUAUUGCCCAGGAUACUGAUUUAAUGUGCUUGGAUAACUUGGUGCCAAUUCCUGUUCAACUGGCUACUAAGAGAAUUAUUAGUGAUUUAAAUCAAUCUGGUGAAAGAAAGAAAAUGGCUUUGAAAAAACCUGUUAUUAUUGAUAAAAAAAAGAGUGAUUUUUGUAUCCAAGUGUGUUUUCUGUAUCCUGGGAGCAGUACUAAGCUAUGGGGGACUUCUAUAAGGACAUUUUCAAAUCUCAGAAUCCAAACACAAACAGUUGCAGCCUGGCAGGCAUCAACAGAG